UCACCUGAGAGGCCGCCCUCCUCUUCAUCUUGCACUCUCUCACCUUCUCUCUCGCUCUUAUUCUCUUAUCCUCCAACACCCCCGCCAGUCCUUCUUUAUUUCCCUUUCGCUGAUUCUCACUCGCGUCCGUUCCUUCCUUCUCCAUUCACUGGAGAACCACCUCCACAAUGACGUCCCGAAAACCCCGACGACCGAACAACCAACACCGUCACAACAAUCUGAACAGUGUCGCUCAGCCCUCCGACUACGAUUCCGACUUCCAAACCUACAUUUCCGAUACCCAGCAGCUGCAACAAGAAGCGAACAUGCCUGCUCCGCCGCUGCGCACCAACGAGGAGCUGAACCUCGCCGUCCUCCGCCGCCACAACCCCUCCGUGAACACGAUCUUGUCGCUGGCACCUUACGCCGUCGUCUAUAUAUUCAGUCCGACUACACGCCAGUGGGAGAAGAAUGGUGUCGAAGGGACUUUGUUUGUCUGCCAGCUCACGCAGGGCAGUCUCGGCGAGGAGCGAUACAGCGCCUUCGUCCUCAAUCGGCGCGGGCUGAACAAUUUCAACAUCCAACUGACCGACGGCGAGAAUGUCGAACUGACGGAGGAAUAUGUUAUUCUAAAGGCGGACUAUAAUGCCGACACGGAGGUCACGAGUAAUACCCAUGUUCCCGGCGCCAAUCCGCCAGGCAGCUCCAACGCCAAUGGGCCCGGCAAGAGCCCCGAGGGCACCGACCUUCGGAUCUACGGUCUCUGGAUCUAUUCCGAGCCUCCGCCGAACUCGACGGCCGAAACGCGCAGCAUCAAUGCCCAGAUGAUUCGCGAGUGUGCCGUCCAUGCGGGCCACAGUUUGAAUUUGGCGCGCGAGCGUCUGGAGGCGACGCGCCAGAACGGAUUGCACGUCGCGGCCGCCACUGCCGCCGCCACGACCGCCGGGGCUCCGCUGGAUGAAGAGCCGUCGAGCGUCCCGAUGGGUCGUCAGAUCUCGCUCAAGGAUCUAUUCGGGCAGCAGCGGGCACAAGAUGACGGGUGGAGUGUCCGGGCGCACAGUCUGGGUCCCGACGAAUGGCAGCAGCAUCCGGGGACGGAGGCAGCGACGGCGCCACCCAUGCAAGCACAACCGCAACCGCAGCCGGAUGUACUGGGAGAUCUGUUCAGGAGGGCUGGACUCGCUUACCAGAAUCAAGCCCCUUGAUCGAGGGUCGGUCGGGCUAGGCUUUGGGGGUCUUUUGUUUCUUUCCUUUCCAAUGUGCAUCUGCUACAGGCGUAAUGUGAUGACGUUAAGAUACCCAUGAUCUCUACAUAUUGUUGACAGCAUGGUGAAUUGAAGCAGCAGUAACGAUUGUGAAUUACAUACUGAAGGGAAUCGUUCACUUGUGUCGAUGAUAUAUCAAGUAUUAGUCUAUGUAGGCGGUCAGUCUAUAAACCCAAGGCG